CACAACUAAAACAAAAGCAGCAACGAUGCUUUCCCAUUUGUCUCAUACCUCUUCCUCCUCCAUCUCCCUCUCUUUCUCCUCCUCAACCGCCUUCCGCCACCGUCUCCGCCCUCUCUUCCCGUACCCCCCUUUCAAAAUCUUGAAAUUUCAUACAAACCUGCCGUCUUUCUCGACCAACGUUUCGAUGGACUCACCCCGGGCGGCGGGGGGUUUGGGUUCGUCGAUUGAUUCACUCGUCGAUGGAUUGGAGAAACAGAGUUUGAGUGAAGAGAAACGAGUGAAGAUGAGCCUUGAGGAUUUGAACUGGGAUAAUUCUUUUGUUCGCGAGUUGCCCGGCGAUCCUCGUACUGAUGUCAUGCCGCGACAGGUGCUCCAUUCAUGUUAUUCGAAAGUAUCCCCAUCUGUUCAAGUGGAAAACCCUCAAUUAGUCGCGUGGUCUGAAUCAGUUGCAGAAAUUCUUGAUUUAAAUCUUAAAGAAUUUGAAAGACCCGACUUUCCACUUCUGUUCUCCGGGGCAUCUCCUUUAGUAGGAGGAAUAUCUUAUGCUCAAUGUUAUGGAGGACAUCAGUUUGGAAUGUGGGCAGGCCAAUUGGGUGAUGGCCGGGCAAUCACUCUUGGGGAGCUUGUGAAUUCUAAGUCCCAAAGGUGGGAACUUCAGCUGAAGGGUGCUGGGAAGACUCCAUAUAGCCGGUUUGCUGAUGGUUUAGCUGUUCUACGUAGUAGUAUCCGAGAAUUUCUUUGCAGCGAAGCAAUUCACGGUCUGGGAAUUCCAACUACUCGUGCCCUUAGCCUUGUAACAACUGGGAAAUAUGUUACACGUGACAUGUUUUACGAUGGCAAUCCAAAAGAUGAACCUGGUGCGAUCGUAUGCAGAGUUGCACAAUCUUUUCUGCGUUUUGGAUCAUUCCAGAUACAUGCUUCAAGAGGAAAAGAGGAUCUUGAUAUUGUUCGAACUUUGGCUGACUACACCAUCAGGCAUCACUUCCCUCAUAUAGAGAAUAUGAGCAAAAGCGAUAGUUUAUCUUUCUCCACUGGCCAAGAAAAUGAUUCUGUCGUAGAUCUAACUUCAAACAAAUAUGCAGCUUGGGCGGUGGAAGUUGCUGAACGUACAGCUUCUUUAAUUGCAAGCUGGCAGGGUGUUGGCUUCACACAUGGUGUGAUGAAUACUGACAAUAUGAGCGUAUUGGGCCUCACGAUUGAUUAUGGUCCUUUUGGAUUUCUAGAUGCUUUUGAUCCUAGUUUCACCCCCAAUACCACAGAUCUUCCAGGAAGACGGUAUUGCUUUGCAAAUCAACCCGAUGUUGGCUUAUGGAACAUCGCUCAGUUUGCAUCAACUCUUUCAUCUGCCAAUUUGAUAAACGAGAAAGAGGCCGAUUAUGCCUUGGAAAGAUAUGGUACAAAAUUUAUGGACGACUACCAAGCUGUGAUGACCAAAAAGCUUGGACUGCCAAAGUAUAAUAAACAACUCAUAAGUAAACUGCUGAACAAUAUGGCUGUUGACAAAGUUGAUUACACAAACUUCUUUAGAUUACUGUCCAACAUCAAAGCUGAUUCUACAACCCCGGAUGAAGAAUUGUUGGUUCCGCUCAAGGCUGCUUUGCUGGAUAUCGGAAAAGAGCGCAAGGAGGCUUGGACCAGCUGGGUUAAAAUUUACAUCGAGGAGCUAUCCGGCAGCGGAGUUCCAGAUGAGGAUAGAAAAGGUUCGAUGAACUCGGUGAACCCAAAGUACAUCCUGAGGAACUAUCUGUGCCAGAGCGCCAUAGACAUGGCUGAACAAGGCGACUUUGAAGAGGUGAGAAGAUUGCUCAAAGUCAUGGAACGACCAUAUGACGAGCAACCUGGUAUGGAAAAAUACGCUCGUUUGCCGCCUGCCUGGGCUUACCGUCCAGGUGUGCGUAUGCUCUCUUGCUCAUCCUGAGGUUUCUAUAAAGCGUACGCGAGAGUGUAUAUAUAACAUUUACGCUACCUUAGACUUGGUAAUAUGUUGUAUAUCUAUGUUUGCCACGGAGGUCAUCAUCGUUAGGUCUAUCGUUUUUUGUUCGUUACGUCUAUUUUAGAAGGGUGUUAGUAUACAAUUAUACAUUAUAUGUCAAGUUAAAAACGUUAUUCAUAUCGUUUGUUCUAAAUUAGACGUUAUGAAAGGUUAUUGCAUGUUGAUG